AUGAAAGAAUACGUUCAGCGUUGCUUUACUGCAUGUGAAACAGAGGAAGACAAGGAUCGGACUGAGAAACUCCUUAAAGAAGUUCUACAAGCCAGAUUGCAAGAUGGUUCCGCAUUUACUAUAGACUGGAGUAGAGAACCUUUGCCAGGGUAUGUACCCUUGUUUUUGUUUCAGCCAAUACUCACUAUCACUGUGACCCAGUCAUCACGGGGUGGCGGAAACAGUGGCACCUGUGCACUAAAAGGUCGUGGUAGCAGCUUCCCUACGCGGUUUGGUAACCGUAAUGUUUUCAUGAAAGAAUCCAGUUCCUCUUCAAGCACAGGUUCUCGGUCCAGAUCAAGAUCUUCCUCUCACUCUCCUCUCAGACGACAUUGCAGAAGUUUUUUUUUCUCUAGCGAGUCUCACUCAGACUCUGACAGCAGCUCAUUAUCUGGAAGUGAAAGCCGACCAGGUGGUCGUAGAAGUGUACAGAAAGGACGUGGUCGGGGAGGACAUACAGAACGUGGCCGUGGAAGGAAUCAGAGGGGCAAAAGAAAUGAGCAAAAUUUCAACAAACGAAACCGCAGGAAGAAUGUUCAGAUGGAGUUUGAGGACCCAGAGAAGGAUUUCAAGAGGGAAAAGCGAGCAGCACGUUUUCAACAUGGCCACAGCCCAAAGAAACUGCGUCUCGAGCCUCUUGUGCUGCAGAUCAAUAACCUGGAUCCUAAUGAUUCUGACAACAUGGACUGGAAUGAGAUAAAAAUAGUGGGAACUUCCCAAGAUAUUACUAAACCUUACCUGCGAUUAACGUGCGCACCAGACCCAUCAACUGUGAGGCCAGUGACUGUUUUGAAAAAAUCUUUAACAAUGGUGAAGGGGCACUUUAAAGAAAAGCAGGAUUAUGCCUUCGCUUGUGAACAGCUAAAAUCAGUUCGCCAAGAUUUGACGGUUCAAGGCAUUCGUACAGAGUUCACUGUGGAAGUAUAUGAGACCCAUGCACGGAUAGCACUGGAAAAGGGAGAUCAUGAGGAAUUUAACCAGUGUCAAGCACAGCUAAAGUCUUUGUAUGCUGAGAAUCUUGUUGGGAACAUUGGAGAAUUUACAGCCUAUCGUAUAUUGUAUUAUAUUUUCACCAAAAACUCUAGUGAUCUAACUACAGAGAUGGCGCACUUGACCAAAGAGAUCAAAGAGGACCCUUGUGUUGCCCAUGCAUUGGCUCUUAGGAGUGCUUGGGCAUUGUCAAACUAUCACCGUUUUUUCAAGCUUUAUAGAGAAGCACCACGCAUGUCUGGGUAUCUGAUCGACAAAUUUGCAGAAAGGGAGAGGAAGGCAGCCAUUAAGACCAUAAUUAAAACGUAUGUUUUGGUCUGCAUAUUGCUCAACCCUCACUUCAGAUUUCUUUCCCUCUUUUAUGUUUAA